AGUAGGAAGUAGGAACCCAACCCAGCCCAGCCAUUGUAGGCUUCCUGAUCAGUUGUGUGGACCACAUGGCUCUUGAAGCAGCGAACCACUACCUGCAGCUCGCCGGCCUCCAUGGCGCAUCCACGCCGGCAGUACUGCUCACCGUUCUCCUGCUACUCAUCAUUCGACUAGCAUGGGUGAGGACCGCAACCGCAUCAACAAGAUUCGGCAAGCAGCAAAAGCUCCCACCUUCACCUCCAGGCAAGCUGCCCAUCAUAGGCCACCUCCACCUCCUCGGCUCCCAGACACACAUAUCCAUCCGGGACCUCGAUGCCAAGCAUGGCCGCAAUGGCCUGUUGCUCCUCCGCAUCGGUGCCGUACCCACCUUGUUCGUGUCCUCGCCGAGCGCCGCCGAGGCCGUCCUGCGCACCCACGACCAAAUCUUUGCGUCGCGGCCGCCAUCCAUGGCCGCCAACAUCAUUCGUUAUGGGCCAACAGACAUCGCAUUUGCACCCUAUGGUGAGUACUGGCGGCAGGCCAGGAAGCUCUUAACCACGCAUAUGCUCAGCGCCAAGGUGGUGCACUCCUUCCGCCAUGGUCGUCAAGAAGAGGUGCGCCUCAUUAUCAACAAGAUCCGUGAGGCGGCCACCAGAGGCACGGCGGUGGACAUGAGCGAGCUCCUGUCCGGCUACACCAACGACGUCGUAUGCCGUGCGGUCCUAGGAGAAUCCCACCGCAAGGAAGGCCGGAACAGGCUUUUCAGCGAGCUCACAGAGAUCAAUGUCUCCCUUCUUGGUGGGUUCAGCCUCGAGAAUUACAUCCCCCCAAAUAUGGUAAUGGCGGAUGCGCUCUUGAGGCUGGUUUCCGUCAAGGCUCAGCGACUCAACAAGAGGUGGGACGACUUGUUCAACGAGAUCAUCGAGGAACACCUACACCCCAGCAAACCAUCAUCUGGCGAGCAGCAAGCAGCAGAUUUCAUAGAUCUUCUGCUCUCUCUCAAGGAAGAGUACGGUCUCACUACGGAUAACAUCAAGGCCAUUUUGGUGGACAUGUUUGAGGCAGGCAUAGAAACAUCUUAUCUGACGUUGGAAUACGGCAUGGCUGAGCUCAUGAACAACAGACACAUUCUGACAAAAUUACAGGAGGAGGUAAGAUCCCAAGGCAAAAAGUUAGACAUGAUAACGGAGGAGGACCUUAGCAGCAUGGCCUACCUAAGGGCAACCAUCAAGGAGACGCUGCGCAUGCACCCACCAGCACCCUUCCUCCUCCCACACUUCUCCACCGCUGACUGCAAGAUCGACGGAUACUUGAUACCCGCCAACACACGUGUCCUUGUGAAUGCUUGGGCCCUAGGGAGGGAUCCAUCGUCUUGGGAGAGGCCAGAGGAUUUCUGGCCUGAGAGGUUUCUGCAGGAUCAAGAUGGUGAUGUGGACACCCAAAUGAGGGGUAAGGAUCUUAGGUUCCUGCCAUUUGGGUUCGGGCGGAGGAUUUGUCCAGGGAUGAAUUUUGGGUUCGCCACCAUGGAGGUUAUGUUAGCAAAUCUCAUGUACCAUUUUGAUUGGGAUGUUCCAAAUAUGGUGGGUACCGGCGCAGGGGUUGAUAUGGCUGAGUCGUUCGGGUUAACGCUUCGCCGAAAGGAGAAGCUUCAACUUGUUCCUCAGAUUCCCUAAACCUACUAUGUGUAAGUUUAUUUCGAAUGAGCACAAGAAUAAAGGCAAGGAAUAAAAUGACUAAUAAUGUAGUACUGUUUAUCAGUUAUUAUUACUAUAUACUCCCUCCAUCUCAAAA